AUGAUCGAAUGUUUAACAGCUACUCUGCCCUGGAAGGGGAUGGUUCGAAAGGAGGCAGCAAAAGUCAAAGAGAACACAAGUGACAGUGCUUUAUGUAAGGGUUGUCCGCCUUCGUUUCUGGAAAUGGCGAAAGCCCUUCGAAAACUGACUUAUCAUGAUUGGAAUAAACCUGGUGAAAAGCUCGUCGAAGGUGGUGGUGAGCACGUUAAAAGUGAUCGUGCUGAAGCUGAUAAGUUAAAGAGAUCUUCUUCACAGGAUGGCAAUAAGGACAACACUACAGUAAAUGAAGUUGAUGAGAGUAUCGUUACCGAAGAAAGGAACACAAAUCUGAGUAGUGAUCAAGACGACUUCGCCAAGGAAGACACCCUUGAAGGGCUUUAA